CAACCCCCCGGCAUCCUCUCGCGUCGAACAGGGUCAAAAAGAUCCUCGCUCACACGUGGCAGCCCAGCACUUUUCAGGAACGACGCAACGGGUAUUGGCCCUGGCUUCAGCCCUCUCCAGUUUUUGCUAACCCCGUCUGGCUAGCCAUGCGACGUGCAGCUGAGCCGUUAUCACGUCUGCAGGGCAUGCGACGAGGCUCUCCAAUCCUGGAGAAAAUUCUCCAUCUUGAAUUUCGAAGCGCCCAAGGCUUAGGGACAGAGUCGUGGUUACGAGAUUCCUGACACACUCGCCUGCUUGCGCCCCCAACUCACAGCCUGGCCCACGGAGAAGAUGCGACGCAACAUUCCAGGCAUCCGCACCCCUGACUGAGAACCGGUUUGGCACGCUCACGACUUAUCUGGGUUCACGGGAUUUCGAGUCAACAAUCCACCGAAGGGCGGUCAAGUUAAAUAUCCCAGGGACACCGCGAAAGAGCAGUCGCUCGAGACAAAAAAGAUACAAUCAACGGACUCCUCGAACCUGUCAUAGCAGUCACCUACCUGGUAGUGGGACAUGCAUCUCGCAUCGUAAAUCCUAUCUCGGAGUCCACAUACCCAAAGCAUCCUCUUCAAAUUCACGGGCAACCCGCCAAACCGGAUGGGAAACAUCGGUCGUCCGAGCACGGGGUGCUUUCUGUGUCGUAAACGGAGAGUCAAGUGUGACGAAGGCCGCCCCGGAUGCCGCAAUUGUGCGAGGCUCAAGAAGCCCUGUCCGGGAUAUCGAGAACCAGGCUACGGCUUUAUUCGAACGGCCAUCUUUGUUUCGAACCAAGGCGACAGCCCGACCCCAAGAUCGUCUUCAUCCGAGAACCUUCCUCAAGCAGCGCUGUUUCGUGCCCGCUCGACGUCGACCGAGGGCGAUGACAGUGAUUCUGCCAAUAGCGACUCGAUUCUUCACUCGACCUCACGUGCAACCCAGAGGCUCCGCCUAGUGAAUAGUCCGUCUGGCGAUCUGACCGAGAACGCCGUUUGCUACUCCCUCACACAACUCGACGCGAACUCUCGCGUGCUAUAUGGGAAUCAUGCAUUCAACUUCCUGCCCGAAAUACUUUCCAGCUCGGGGCGAGACUCUUAUCUCUAUGCCGCCAUGCGAUCGGUUGCGGCAAUCAACUUAGCCAACCGAUCACCCACCGUCGACAUGCACGCCAUCAUCGAAUCCGAAUAUGCGCGAGCUGUAUCGAGGGUGACUGCCGCAUUGGCAGAUCCUGAACAAUGUCUGAAGGACGAGACUCUUGUUGCAGUUUGGCUGCUUGGGAUCAGAGAGCUUUUAGCCAGUGUCAAUGGACCACACGGAGGCUCAGCACACCAGACACACGUCGACGGUACUCUCAUGCUUCUACGAUUACGCGGCGAAGAGCAGUUUACCCGCCCCGCCGGUCGUCACCUUUAUCACACACUUCUCUCCGCCAUGGUAUGGGCACCAGGCAAGAACUUGGGGAUGCUGAGUGCUGACUUGUUUCAGCACUGGAGGCCUCUGUUCGCCAGCGAGGAGCCAUCACCAGAAUAUCUUAUGCUCGAAUCACAAAUACCAAAGGCCACAUCUGCGGUCCCGACGGCAUCUUUGAGACUGCGAAGUUUUUUCCACGGUGUCACUAAGCUGCGAGCCCGAAUCAGGAAUUUCCUUCUGAUGCCCCAGCAUGCUUCUGUGGAUAGAUUCCAGACCAUGGACUCCUACCUGCGAGCUGCAGCUAGGCUGGAAGACAAAAUCAGCGGAUGGUGCGAUAUUCUCGAUUGGCUUCCUCGGAAGGUGUUGGUGGACACACCACACCGAUAUCUUCCUCGCACGCCGUGGACGUCGGGAACGCUCUUCAGGCUGCACUGCUUUGAAUCUUGGGAGGCUUUCUUCCAUUGGAACCGGUAUUUUGUCGCAAAGAUAUGUCUGCAUGCUGCUCUACUCGAUGCUAUCGCAAGUCUUGGGCGCAACCAUCCACGCUACGGAAAUGGGGAUUCGACGGAUGGUACCGAUGAAUUGGUCAUUACACACACCGCAGUAAUUCACGAGAUAGUCAAGGACUUUCUUGGGACAUUGGCAUAUGCUUUUGGAGACGUCGACAAAAACGGUCGGUUGCGGAACACCCCGACUGCUGUGGUCGGCGAUGGGGCGUCGACUGAGCAGCGCGGUAUCGAUAUUCCCAGCACGUUGCAGGUGCAGGCACCCUUGUCUCAUCUGAUUACUUUGAAAUACCUCGGGCCGGGACAGCGAGAAGCUAUGUUUCUAGCUCUACAGCGCAUUCGGGCGGAGUUUAGCGUAAGAUGAAAAUGGACGUUACUAGGAACGAAAGGUCCGUACUGUAGACAGACCACACACUGUGUAAUAAUUGGAUUAGUUAAUACACAUAUCUCCCCACA